CCCCGCGCCGAGGGCGGGCCGGGCCGGGCUCCCGGAAGCGGCGGCCGCGGCGCCGGGCGUCCGUGCGUCCGUCCGUGGGGCGGCGGGGCGAUGCGCGGGCUGUGAGCCGAGCGCGCGGGGCGGGGAUGCUGCUCAAGCUCCUGCAGCGCCAGACCUACACCUGCCUGUCGCACCGCUAUGGGCUCUACGUCUGCUUCGUGGGCGUCGUCGUCACCCUCGUCUCCGCCUUCCAGUUCGGAGAGGUGGUUUUGGAAUGGAGUCGUGAUCAGUACCAUGUUUUGUUUGAUUCCUACCGAGACAAUAUUGCCGGAAAGUCCUUCCAGAACCGGCUCUGCCUGCCCAUGCCCGUCGAUGUGGUGUACACCUGGGUGAACGGCACCGACCUGGAACUCCUGAGGGAGCUGCAGCAGGUCCGGGAGCAGAUGGAGGAGGAGCAGAAAGCAAUGAGAGAAAUCCUUGGGAAGAACACAACUGAACCCACUAAGAAGAGUGAGAAGCAGCUGGAGUGUCUGCUGACGCGCUGCGUCAAGGUGCCCAUGCUGGUCCUGGACCCAGCCCUGCCGGCCAACGUCACCCUGAAGGACCUGCCGUCGCUCUUCCCUUCUUUCCAUUCCGCCAGUGACGUGUUCAACGUGGCAAAGCCCAAAAAUCCCUCGACUAAUGUCUCGGUGGUGGUUUUCGACAGCGCCCAAACUGCCGAAGAUGCCCAUGCUGGAAUGCUUACAGGCAACGGCAAACACACAGCUUGGAGGGGCUACUUGACUACAGAUAAAGAAGUCCCUGGACUUGUGCUAAUGCAAGACUUGGCUUUCCUAAGUGGGUUUCCACCAACAUUCAAGGAAACAAAUCAGCUAAAAGCAAAAUUGCCAGAAAAUCUGUCUUCUAAGAUAAAGCUGUUGCAGUUGUACUCAGAAGCCAGCGUGGCCCUUCUGAAAUUGAAUAACCCCAAAGAUUUCCAGGAACUGAAUAAGCAGACUAAGAAGAAUAUGACCAUUGAUGGAAAAGAAUUGACCAUAAGUCCUGCCUAUUUAUUAUGGGAUCUGAGUGCCAUCAGCCAGUCUAAGCAAGACGAAGACAUUUCUGCCAGCCGUUUCGAAGACAACGAGGAGCUGAGAUACUCGCUGCGCUCCAUCGAGAGGCACGCGCCGUGGGUUCGGAACAUUUUCAUUGUCACCAACGGGCAGAUCCCAUCCUGGCUGAACCUUGACAAUCCUCGAGUGAAAAUCGUCACUCACCAGGAUGUUUUUCGAAAUUUGAGCCACUUGCCAACCUUCAGUUCUCCUGCUAUUGAAAGUCACAUCCAUCGCAUCGAAGGGCUGUCCCAAAAGUUUAUCUACCUGAAUGACGACGUCAUGUUUGGGAAGGACGUCUGGCCUGAUGACUUCUACAGCCACUCCAAAGGUCAAAAGGUUUAUUUGACGUGGCCGGUUCCAAACUGUGCCGAGGGCUGCCCGGGCUCCUGGAUCAAGGACGGCUACUGUGACAAGGCCUGUAAUAACUCAGCCUGCGACUGGGAUGGGGGUGACUGCUCGGGGAACAGUGGCGCGAAUCGCUACGCCGUCGGCGGCGGGGGCACCGGGGGCAUCGGCAUCGGCCAGCACUGGCAGUUCGGCGGAGGCCUCAGUGGCGUCACUUACUGUAAUCAAGGAUGCGCCAAUUCCUGGCUGGCCGAUAAGUUCUGUGACCAGGCCUGCAAUGUCUUGUCCUGUGGGUUCGAUGCCGGCGACUGCGGGCAAGAUCAUUUUCAUGAAUUGUAUAAAGUAACUCUUCUCCCAAACCAGACUCAUUAUGUUGUUCCAAAAGGUGAAUACCUGCCUUAUUUCAGCUUUGCAGAAAUAGCCAAAAGAGGGGUCGAAGGCGCCUAUAGUGACAACCCAAUCAUUCGGCACGCGUCGAUUGCCAAUAAGUGGAAAACCAUCCACCUCAUACUGCACAGUGGGAUGAACGCGACCACCAUCCACUUUAACCUCACAUUCCAGGCGGCGGACGGCCAAGAGUUCAAACUCCAGAUCGCCGUGGAGGUGGACACGCGGGGGGAUGCCAAGCAGAAUUCCACCCUCCCCAAGUCUCCGGUGGGUUCCGCCAGCCCCGCCGUGACCAGUGUGCGCCCAGAGGGGGAGGUCACGUUCGAGGACGUCCCCGAAGACAAACGCGCCCCGCGGGUCAGGAGACGGGGUGGGGCCAACACCACGGAGGAGGUGAAGAUCCCCGCUGUGAAUGUCUCCCUCCUGCCGGAGGAGGCCCGGCAGAGGCUGCGCGCCUUGGACUUGCAGCUGGAAAACGGAGACCUCACGGCGAAAGGCUACAACCUGUCCAAGGCGGCCUUGCUGAGCUCCUUUCUGGCACGCCAGGCCCGAGGAGCCGCCGAGAGGAAUGAAAGUUGGAAGGCCCCCCUGGAAAAGCCAGACCCCCUGGGCACGUCGGAAAGGCUCCAGAGGUCAGCGCUGCCCUCGGUGGCCGGCCACGCCAACGGCCCCCCCGAAGGUCAGACACCGCCCGCAGCCCCGGAAACGCAGCCAAGGUUUAGAGGGGAAACUCCGACUCAGAACGGCGCGGCAGGCGGCCGCCCGCCCAGAGAGGAGCCGUCUCCUCCGAGGGCGCCCCCGGAGAGCCGCGAGGCCCAGGACAGCAAGGUCGCAGGGAGAGGACCCGAGCGGAACGGAGCGGAGGAGGUGGUGGGGGACCACAGAGGCACGCCCCGAGGGUACCUGGGGAGGAAACUGCAGCAUCACCCGGAUGGUUACCCGGGCUUCUUGCCCUGGGAGAAGAGAAAGGUGUUCCAGGCUCUACUUUCUGAGCGGGAGUCGUUGCAGACUCAGUUGGAAUACUUGCCUGACAGCCGGCGCACCGGGAGGCAACUGAAAGACACUUUUGCAGAUUCCCUCCGAUACGUCAAUAAGAUUCUUAAUAGCAAGUUCGGAUUCACUUCUCGGAAAGUCCCCGCGCACAUGCCCCACAUGAUCGACCGAGUAGUCAUGCAGGAGCUGCAGGACAUGUUCCCUGAAGAAUUUGACAAGACGUCAUUUCACAAAGUGCGCCAUUCAGAGGACAUGCAGUUUGCCUUCUCCUAUUUUUAUUAUCUCAUGAGCGCAGUUCAGCCACUGAAUAUAUCUCAAGUUUUUGAUGAAGUUGAUACAGACCAGUCUGGCGUCUUAUCUGACAGAGAAAUUCGAACGCUGGCGACCAGAAUUCACGACCUGCCUUUAAGUUUACAGGAUUUAACAGGCCUGGAACACAUGUUAAUAAAUUGCUCAAAAACGCUUCCAAGUAAUAUCACUCAACUAAACAACAUUCCGCCAACUCAGGAAGCAUACUAUGACCCCAAUCUGCCGCCGGUCACCAAAAACCUGGUAACCAACUGUAAGCCUGUAACUGAUAAAAUCCACAAAGCAUAUAAGGACAAAAACAAGUACAGGUUUGAAAUCAUGGGAGAAGAAGAAAUCGCUUUUAAAAUGAUUCGCACCAAUGUUUCUCACGUGGUUGGCCAGUUGGAUGAUAUAAGAAAAAGCCCCAGAAAGUUUGUUUGCCUGAAUGAUAACAUCGACCACAAUCAUAAAGAUGCCCAGACAGUGAAAGCGGUUCUCAGGGACUUCUAUGAAUCCAUGUUCCCUAUACCAUCGCAGUUUGAGCUGCCCCGAGAGUAUCGAAACCGUUUUCUUCAUAUGCAUGAGCUACAGGAAUGGAGGGCGUAUCGGGACAAACUGAAGUUUUGGACUCAUUGUGUACUAGCGACGCUGAUUAUGUUUACGAUAUUCUCGUUUUUUGCUGAACAGCUAAUUGCACUUAAGCGGAAGAUAUUUCCCAGAAGGCGGAUACAGAAGGAAGCUAGUCCCGAUCGAAUCAGGGUAUAGAACUUCUUCAUUGGAAAAUCAUCUACCUCAGCAUUCACUGAGCAUUUUAAAACUCAGCAACGUAGAGAUGACUUCGUGAUGUGAUGCUUCGUCAUCUUGGCGUGAAGAAGGAACAGCGUCCAGUACAUAACUUAUUUUGAGGCAUGAGUAUAGCCCACUGACCAGGAACUGUUUUAACCAACACACUAAAAACUCAUGUGCUGAGCAGCUCCGAACUGCUUUUUCAUGAGCAUUUGCUCAUGGACUCAUUGUUCUUUUUAUGGGAGGGGUGAAGACUCACUGAUGAGAGACGGCUGCUAACUUCCCAUCACUAUCAUUGCAACUAACUUGUAACAGGAGAUGCCUCAUCUAGGCCAGCUUGGAGGUGUUUGCCAAGAGACCCCGGUCUUUGCAUUCCAAAGCCCUUUGGUCUUUACAUUUUGGGGUGUUUUUCUUUUUUUGUUUUCACUUUCUUUUUCUUCCAUUUCUCAUCUUUGAAAUAAGUAGUUACUAAGUUAACUAGUCAUUCUUGCUUUUGAAAAUAAUGAAUCGGGAUGUCUAAACAUGAUUUUUAUAGCUGUCAUGUAAAAAAUGCAGCAAUAGCACCUCUUAAUUGGCAACUUCUAAAUUAGGGGUUUUCUUAAUGCUUCCGGCUGCAGGUGGUCUGAACUUACCAGUCCUGACACACUCAAUGGCUGACAUCUGAAUCCUCUGUGCUUGUUCACUUCUGUCCCUGAGAAUACUGCAAUUCUUGUGGAGGCCUCAUUAUAAAGGGCUAGAGGUCAGUAGCAGAGCUACUCUCCAGAUGUAAUUAUGUUUUUAGAAAUGUACAUAUUUUAACAGAAGUGCCUCCUUUUAGAAGUGAGAAGUACUUAGGGAACUGGCACACCCUAAGUUGAUGCCCAUCGAUUUCCUACACUCCAGGGCUUGGCAAGGCUUUUUAAGUUAAAAGCCACAUGGUAAAUAAUUCUAGGCCCCAUGUAUCUCUGGCAUACUCUUCUUUCUUGUUUGUUUUUUGUUCAACAGUCGUUUACCUAUGUCAACACCAUGGGUAGCUUGUGGUUUUACAAAAACAGGCCACCAACUGGAUUUAAUCCAUAGGCUCCUUAUUUCCAGACCACCAAGAUGGUGAAUUAAUAUUUUUACAUAUGGAUAAGCCCUGAUGUUCAGCCAUAUUUUAUUUAUGUCUGUGUACAGUGGGUAUUUGGCUACCAAAUGCCACAAGUCCUUUUAAACACUGACAGGUAUUUUAGAUCAUGCUCUCAACAGUAUUCUUUCCAAAUGGCGUAUGUAUUUUGUAAAAAAGAUCUUGUAAAUACUGUGUCUGUGUUGUAAGAGUUACAUAUUUCAAAAACUGAAGUCUCAUAAAAACUUAGAUUUUUGUCUAAGACUUUGAUUUUAAAAAUCGGUCAUUGUUAGUCUGGAUUCAGCGAUCAUUUGUGUGCUUAGCAUGCCAGCGAAUGUGCUGAACUGAAAUUGAAAGUGGGAAGUAGCCUAGUGAGGUUUAGUAUUACACAGGAGGAUGCCAUUUUAUAAAGGGAAAGAGCAGUUCUCAGUGGAAUUUGCCACAAGGUAAAAAUGUAGGGGUUAUCUGGAUAUCAUUUUAAAGGUGAAACAUUUAUUUUAGAAGAGUUGUUGAGAAACAAACAUUUGGGUGUGACAGAAAUUUCUGUGGUCACGGAGCUUAAAUAAUACAGGAUGAUGCAAUAAAUAAUACAGGAUAUUCACAGAACCAUUGGGGAAUCUAAGAAACUUGGCGGGUAGCUGGGAGGCCCUCAGAAUUUUUAAAGCCUUAGACCCAUUUAUUUUACUCACCCGAAGACCAGCUGAAGGCCAGCCUGCAAAUAGAAGAGGGAGAGCUUCUCACCCUGCCGGAGCUCCCGGUGGUUACCUCCAAGUUCCCAGGGCUCCCAGGAAGCAUUCUAAAGUGGCUUCAGAAACAAAACCCUGCAUUUGCAUCAAGGUUCCCAGGACCAGAGGCGCUGUGGGUCUUGCCCAGUGUCAUAGCCAGUAGAGACCCCCAAGUUUCCUGUCCCUUUUUUUGCAUGCCUGCCUAUAACACACAUUCUUCUGUCAGGUUAUCGGGGUGAGUCCUGAACCCCAGAUUUUGUUUGCUAGGACUCAGCUCUCUCUUCACAGCGGGAGGGCACACUGCUGUCUGCCUCAUAGGCUGCUGAUGGUGAUGAUGAUGGGAGACAAUAUGUGCCUGCACCUAGCAAGUGACUGGGACGAAAGGAUCGUUACCCAGGCCAGCAGAGAGGCUGCAAGAGCCGCCUCUAGUGAGCCCUUGGCUUUAAAAAAAAAAGUAAGAUCUUUUCCAAAUAAAAAAAAAAUUUUUUGA